AUGUCAUUCCCUAACAUGAAAGCACUCAUAUUCAUCAUAAUCGUUGUCCUUUUGACCAUUCAAGUUGAUGCCUUAUGCCUAGAUCAUAUCCCAACUGGUGCCGAGAUAAAAGGUCACUCUCAAUUAAAUGGUAACUCAGUGACAUUUUGGUGGAAGGAUGCCGUUUUGUCAACCACGUUUUAUGUCGUUUUCCCGUUAAAUAGUACCUAUCAAUACCCUUUUCUAGAUUCAAAAUGCAAAAAUAGAAUUAAUGGGUAUGGUCAUAUUGUGAAAAUGUAUGAUACUGUCAUUUAUAAAUAUUAUGGUAAAGGUGGAUAUGUAUCUUGUUGUCUUUAUUUUCCUAUGAGUGCAAUCCUUGAUGAUGGAAUGGGUGAACCAUUAUCUAAAUCAACAUAA